AUGUACUUCAUAGUAAUUGAUGAUAUAUGGGAUUCGGAAGCAUGGGGUCUUAUUCAAUCUGCUUUUCCAGAAACCGAACGUGGAAGUAGAGUGAUAACAACAACAAGGAAUCAUGAUGUUGCUCUUGCCACUUGCAAUGCUGAAAGCGAAUAUGUUUAUAAGAUCAAACCACUCAGUGUUGAAGACUCAAUAACACUAUUUUUUAGAAGAACAUUUGGUCCCAAAAAGGGUUGUCCUGAUACACCCAGAAAAGUAGAGAUUUCAAUUGAUAUUCUAAAUAGAUGUGGUGGUAUGCCACUUGCUAUUAAUAGCAUAGCAAGCCUUCUGGCUGGCAAGACAGACUCGACCUGGGAGUAUGUAUGGAAAUCUUUGGGUGCUAUGACUGAAGGAGAUGAUCAUGAAAAGAUGAAGCAAAUAUUGGAUCUUAGCUACAUACAUCUUCCUGAUCAUCUUAAGACAUGUCUGCUUUAUGUUUGUAUGUAUCCAGAGGAUCGCGAGAUAGAUAAACAUAAUUUGUUGAGGAAAUGGGUAGUCGAAGGGUUCGUGCACGUGAGUAGAAACAGUGGGCUGGAUGCAGAGGAUGUUGCAGAAAAGUACUUCGAAGAGCUCAUCAGCAUGUGUAUGAUCCAACCUGGGAGGAUAGACAAAUACAGCAAUGAAGUGUUGUCUUGUAGAGUACAUGAUAUAAUUCUUGAUCUGAUGAGAUCCAAGUCAAGUAAAGAGAAUUUUAUUCAUGUAAUUGAUGGUUCGAAAGAUGAGACAGGGGAGAUCCGUCGAGUCUCGGUCCAUCGCAAUGAUAAAGAGGAUACGAGAAUUUCGGAAACAAUCAAUAAAGGGUCACUGUCACAUGUUCGGUCUGUGUUACUUUAUCGAAGCUCACUUGUACCUUGUUUUCUGGAGUUCAAGUAUGUCCGAGUUCUACACCUUGAAUAUGGAGUUAUAAGUGGGAACAUAGACCUCACCAGUAUCAGUAGGUUGUUUCUCCUAAGGUAUUUAAAGAUUGCAGGCUCUCCUCCUGGACGUCCAUAUGAGCUGAAGCUACCUAAUCAAAUUGGGGGGCUACAGCAAUUGGAGAUAAUAGAUAUAUAUGGAUGUAAAUUGAGAAAUUAUCCAUCAGAUAUUGUUAGUUUGCCCUGGUUAUCGCAUCUCAGCUCGAUGGGAUCAGUGUUGCCUGACGGGAUCGACAAGUUGACAUCCCUGCGCACCCUAGCAGGCAUACGUCUGUAUGGAAGUUCGGUAGAGAAUGUCAAGGGGCUCGGCAAGCUGACCAACUUGAGACAACUUGAGAUCUCUUCGGAUGGGCCUAGUGAAGGUUUGGAAGAGGCCACCAUGGAUGCCUUGUACUCUUCCAUCUGCAAGCUUUCCGCCAACCUCAGGACCUUUACUUUCACAGGAGGAUUUCUUUACAUACGAGAUGUCCCAGCAGGCUGGAUUACCAGAACAACAUUCCCUUGGGGUUCUCAGAUUCAGGAGCUCAAUCUGGGAUACUGCAGGUUUGAAAGGUGCCCCGAGUGGAUUGGUCAGCUCCACGGCCUCUACAAGAUUUGUAUUAGUGUGAGGGAGGUGGCUGAUGGUGUUAGUAUUGUUGCACAGUUGCCUUCACUUGCCUACUUCUGUUUGAGUAUUUUUGGUAUGGGUAAAGAAGAAAAGGAAGAAAGUGUAGUCAUCCCUGGAACUGGCAGCGGGGCAUUCAGAGCACUCAAGCACCUGCGUUUCUACUGUAAAAAGGUGUCAUUGACCUUUGAAGCUGGGGCUAUGCCCAAGCUGGAGAAGCUUUCUAUACAGUGA